AUGUCUGGUCGCGGCAAAGGCGGAAAAGGCUUGGGUAAAGGAGGCGCUAAGCGUCACCGCAAGGUCCUCCGUGAUAAUAUUCAAGGUAUUACCAAGCCUGCCAUCCGGCGUCUAGCGCGGCGCGGCGGCGUCAAGCGUAUCUCUGGCCUUAUCUACGAGGAGACCCGCGGGGUGCUCAAAGUCUUCCUAGAAAAUGUGAUCCGCGACGCCGUCACCUACACCGAGCACGCCAAGCGCAAGACAGUCACUGCUAUGGACGUGGUCUACGCGCUCAAGCGCCAAGGCUCCUCAGCCCCUGCAGCUGUUCACAUUAGAAGUGGGUACUCAACUAUGGCGCGAACUAAACAGACAGCUCGUAAGUCCACCGGUGGCAAGGCGCCGCGCAAGCAGCUGGCCACCAAGGCCGCCCGCAAGAGCGCACCGGCUACCGGCGGUGUGAAAAAGCCUCAUCGCUACCGGCCCGGCACCGUGGCGCUGCGCGAGAUCCGGCGCUACCAAAAGUCCACGGAGCUGCUGAUCCGCAAGCUGCCUUUCCAGAGGCUGGUGCGCGAGAUCGCCCAGGACUUCAAGACCGAUCUCCGCUUCCAGAGCUCGGCUGUGAUGGCGUUGCAGGAGGCGUGCGAGGCAUACUUGGUGGGGCUGUUCGAGGACACCAAUUUUGUCGUCUGCUUCACAAUGUCGGGUCGUGGCAAGGGUGGAAAGGGCCUCGGUAAGGGUGGUGCUAAGCGCCACCGUAAGGUACUCCGCGAUAACAUCCAAGGCAUCACCAAACCUGCAAUUCGGCGUCUGGCUCGGCGUGGCGGUGUCAAGCGCAUUUCUGGCCUUAUCUACGAGGAGACUCGCGGCGUACUCAAAGUGUUUCUGGAGAAUGUGAUCCGUGACGCUGUCACCUACACUGAGCACGCCAAGCGUAAGACAGUCACUGCCAUGGACGUGGUCUACGCGCUCAAGCGGCAGGGUCGCACCCUUUACGGCUUCGGCGGCUGAG